CCCCCUUGCAAGUCGCUACCCGUUCGAAAACCCUAGAAAACCAUUUGUCUCCGAUUGCCCCCAACUCUAUCCUCCCCAUUUCUCCCAGCACCUUCGCUUUCAUCGCGGAUUCAGAUUCCACCAACAUGGCCAGCAAGACCUCGUCGGCGAAGAGCACCGGCAGUGCGCCUCCGGUGGUGGAGAAGAGGAAGCCGGUCUUCACGAAGGUCGAUCGCCUGCAGCCCGGGACGAACGGCCAUACCCUGACGGUGAAGGUGGUCAGCGCCAAGAGCGUGCCGGUCAACGCCAAGGCCAACCGGCCGUCGUCGAAUGCCGUGCUCUCUCGCCCGCCUCCCCGCAACACCCGCAUCGCCGAGUGCCUCGUCGGGGACGAGACCGGCUGCAUCGUCUUCACCGCUCGUAACGAGCAAGUCGAUAUGAUGCAGCCAGGCACCACUGUGAUCCUUCGUAAUGCGAAAAUCGACAUGUUUAAGGGGACUAUGAGGCUGGCAGUUGACAAAUGGGGUCGUGUUGAAGUUACUGAACCUGCCAGUUUCGAAGUUAAGGAGGACAAUAAUCUGUCUUUGGUCGAGUAUGAACUUGUCAAUGUUGAAGAGUGAUACUGCAUCUAUGGCCGCGGUGAAUAUAAGGGGGCAUUAGAGGCUAGAUUGUUUUUACCUGGCCAUCAUGAGUUCGUUGGGAUUGGUAAUGAUGAAUGUCCUGCACUAAAGGUUUCCUGGAUAAAGCUUUUGGGGAUCUUGCUAUGCUUGGUGUAAAAGAUGGAAGUCUGACUGGUUAACUCAUUGGAUUUCCGGAAAAACAAAAAAGCUACGUGGUUAAAUAUUGUUCUAUGCUGUCAUGACGUUGAAUUUGGACGAAUUAAGUGGUGGUAUCAGUUACGUGGAGAGCUGGUCUAUGCUUUUUUUAUUUUAUUUGUUUACUCCUUCAGUGACCGUGUUUAUAAUAUGAUACUUUUCUGCA